AUGGAAAUGAUUUCUCAAUUCGAAGAAAAAAAUUCGUGUUCAAAAGGACGUUCAUCAAAUAAUGAUACUUCGCGAACAUAUUUAAAUAAUCCAUCUGGAAAAGAUGGUCACCGUCAUGUUAAUACUGCUCCGGUUCGCCUUCAUCAUGCUCAAAAUGAUGAUCAUGAAAGACAUAAAGAUGGUCAUUUUGCUACAGCAACAGUACAUGAUAAAUGUAAAGUUCCAUUAGGUUUACCUGCAGCUAAAAUUCAAGAAGCAAUGUUAAUACAUAUGAAUUACCGAAUAUAUUUACCACAUCAUGAUUGGAUAGUUGCACCUCGACAUCAAUUAAUACCAAGUGUAUAUGCAGCAUGUCUUUUAUCUGAAGAUGGAGAUUUAGGUUAUUCAGGUCCAACAUAUAUAGCCAUACAUUCAGCUAAACAUGAUCUAUCAACUGCUGAUUCCUAUGCAUUAGAUUUCAAUCGUCUUGUUAGUUUAAAAGAAUUUGAAAACGUAGCACAUGAUGAAACACGUUUUCCAAAAACACUUGUUGCAAGUAUUAAAAAAUUUAAGAAAUAUAAUUUAGAUGCACUUUUUAUUCUUACACAUGCGUCCUGUGAUUAUUUUGGUUCACAUUUAAAUAAUUCAAGUGCAACAAUAAAUAUUGAUUUAGAAAAAUUAAAUUUUCAUAAAGCUGGACAAAUCUUAGCUGAAAAAUGGAAUCAAUCUGUUAUUGAUGGAUUUCCAUGUGUUGCUGAAUAA